AUGUUUGAUCCAUUAAUUUUAAUUUUGUUUUUCAUGGUUUGUCUCGGUUUCUCUAGAAUUUUUCUUGUAUUUAUUAUAAAUUGCUAUUAUUAUAGAUUUAUGUUAUUUAUACUGUUUAUAAGAGGUAUUGUAGUUCUUUUAGGUUAUAUGUGUGGUGUAAUUGUUAUCGAAAAAGUUAGUAGAGUAUAUAAAUUUUAUGUAAGCUUUCUUUGGAUUUUAAUUUUGGCUAGUUUAUUUAGGCAAAUUGUUAAACCUGAUUUUAUUUACUUUUCUAUUUUUUCUUCAACUUUUAAAAUUAAUUAUUAUGAAUUUUACUUUCUUUUUAAAUUUAUGGCAUUCCCCUUUAGUGUAUUUUCAUUUUUUAUUAUCUUUUAUCUUUUACUUUUUUUAGUAAUUAUUUAUGAUAUUGUUAAAAAAUGUAGGGGGCCUUUACGAAUAAAAAUUUAA